CAAGCUCUCUUGAAUCUCAAGCACCGAAGACUAAGAGUGAGACGCAGCACCUACCACUUACCCUAGCUCCUAGAGGUCUCCAUCAGUCGAUGAUGCCAGAGUCGUGGAAACGAGGCAAAUAUAUUUCGUGACUGUCUCGGCAGCGCAACUCGGCGACUCCUCUUCUGGUCACGGCAGCUUCUCUGUCUCUCCCUCUGCCGACGGUUCUAGAUCGGGAUCUCCGUAAGGUUUACUUCUUUUUGAGCUGAAAUGGAAAGGAACUCAGUUGCAUGUGUGAUGGAAUGGAGCGUAGAGCUCGAGAAGGCCUUGCGGUCCACGAAGCCAGGCCGCUCGCUCGAAGCCAUAUCAGAAAUUGCGCUGAAAUUGGUACAGUUAAGCAGAGAGCCAGAGCGUUCUCCGGCUAUCUACCACAUGUUUGGCCUGAUUGCCGGUGAGGACAAGCUCUUCUACAAUGCUAUUGUUCUGCGUCUCGCAAAUGCGUUUAAAUGUGGAGAUAAGGACACAAGGGUCUGUGUUUUGAAGGUGUUUUUGUACGAGUACCGGAGGAGAAACAGAGUGAGAGAGUAUAGGGGAGUGUUGUCGAGAAUUGAGGAUGUUUUUGACGGUGGGGAUGUUGAAGAUAGGGCUUUGGCUUUGGGGUUAUUCGGCUGCUGGGCAAAUUUUGCUAAAGAAAGUCUGAGCAUACGAUACCUGGUGCUUUCUAGUUUGGUUUCGCCUCACAUUAUGAAGGUAAAAGCGUCUUUAUUUGCGGCAGCGUGCUUUGCUGAAUUAUCUGAGGACUUUGCACGGAUUGUUUUGGAGAUGCUGCUUCAUUUGAUGAAUUCACCGGAAACAUUGCCUGGUAUAAGGCUGGCUGGAGCACGCAUGUUUUCCAAACUUGGAUUUACACAUUCCAUUGCAAUGAAUGCUUACAAGACAGGUGUGAAGUUGUUAUCGGAGUGUCCGGAUGAGGAUUAUCGGGUUGCCAUGCUGGUUUCUGUUUCCAAGCUUGCUUCCAGGUCAAUGAUUAUUCUUUCUGAGCAUGUAUGUAAUUUAGUAAUUCAAGUUCCUAUAACUAAGCAGGUACGUACUAUGAUGCCAAUUUCUUACUUUCUUGACAAGGACCAAACUUUUCGUCUUCGGGGAACAGCACUAAGAUGCCUGCAUUAUAUUUUCAGUAAAGGAAUUUAUCAGGUUCCUUUUAAAAUAUCUUUGAUGAACACAUUAUUGAGCAUGCUAGAUGCACCCCAACUCCCAACUCCUGUGCUAUUUCAAGCACUGCAGACGUUGCGUAAGGUAAUUUUAUGCAUGCAUCCUAAUAUACCCUUUGAUAUCUUUGAAUCCUCUAAGCUUUUGAGCAUUGCUACGAAUAUAUAUCCAUCUCCAAUUGCAUCAGAGAGCAUGUUAGCCAUUUUUGUUUUGGUAGAUAUAUCAAAAAGACUAAAGGGAAGCACACGGGUGGAGUCAUUUGUGCAUUCAGAAUCUAUUCUCCCAUCUCGGGUGGUUUCACUUAUCAUAGAUCAGAUCACUUUGAUGGUGAAGCCAGUUUUGUGUCGUUGUCAGUUCGAUUCUGUAGUGCUUCAGAUAUUUAAUUCCCUUCUCAACCUUCUCAUUGCUCUAACUCGAGAAUAUCCUGAUUUACAUCUCCUUGUAUUGGAUCAAAUAUUUGGGUUAAUCAAGUCCAUCUCAAUUGUUGAUGACCCCGUCAUGGCUACAACAGACACAGGUGCCUUUGUUCAUGAUAAUGUAGAUCUGAAAGAGAGCUCAGUUAUCAGGUCGAAGCUAGUAUAUGGGAUACACAGAUUUUUAGUGACCUUUCUGGAAAAUCUCAGUGAAGCUGAUACCCUCUCCACAAAAAUAUUUGGAAAGGUGAAGAUUCUGGUCGAACAUGUAUGCCAGAGUAACUUGUUUGACUGCUAUGCAUACACAAUUUACUCUUUGCUGUUGCAUCAUCAGUUCAUUUGGGGUCACUUGGUACAUGAGAACGAGAGUAGUGGCAAUAGACUCUCGGGUAUAUCUGUUCAUAAUUGCUCUGUUGAACAUGAAACUCAUGUCAUUGAAUUUGCUAAGAGGAUGCUAACAGAACAAAAUGGUUGGGCUGCGUACAGAGCAGGAAAAUAUGCAGUGUGUCAGGGGGCCUGGCACACGGCAACUUUUAUAUUUGAGCAGUUGGUGAAAAGGGUUUGUUUUGAUCUAGGCUGUCGUUGGUUGAAAUCAUUAGUUCAUUAUGCUCAUGGGGAGUGGAAAUGCGAGCUGCUUCGAUUACCAAAACAAGGAUUGGAGACGCACAAAUCCCCUCUUACAGCUUGUAAUUGUUGGGGGCCUAUUUACAGCAAAGAGCUAGCAGCAGCUUACAACAGUCUCUUUUCUUCUCUGGAAACAUUGAGAGUCGAUGUCACAACAGACCAAUUUUAUUUUCAGAGAUGGUUUUUGUCAUUAAGAGCAAAGUUACUAGGAGCUGUGGUGGGUAUACAUGAUAUUUCGAGAAACAUAUUAAAAAGUAGGCAGGGUCAGAAAAGUUCUAUGGUUGAAUAUUUUAUUCCGUUGCAGAAACUUACUCAGAUAUCUCUGCAGUUGAAGAGGGUGGCACAAGAAUUUGAUCUAAUAAAAUCAUCUUUCAUUGACAUUGACAAGAAGAGUUCAAGUAUCAUUUCAGCACUUGCAAUCAGUUGUUCUCUGUUGGCCUUUUGUUAUGGCUUUGGUCUCUACAUUCCAAGCCUAGCUGAUUCAGUGACUACUCGUGGUCCAGGUGUUGCACUCAAUGACGCUGUACUCGUACAAAAUUUAGUUGGGCGGUUGAGGCACGGUAAACAUGAAACCAUUAGAGAUCUUUUUCUGCUCUGGGAGGCGGGUGGAAAGCCUUUAGAUUGGUUACACACACGAUCAAGAGUCCAAGCAGGUGAAAGUUUUACUGAAGCAAGAGAUAUUCUUGAGGUCAGUAGUUAUGCGGUCACAGGAUUUUGUAGCUUGAAAAUCAAGUAUAACACAGUGCAGAAUGAGGAAGGUUUCACCUGUGUAACCAAGGAUGGCGUGCAAUUUUUACUUGAAACUGUUACGAAAUGGUUGCAGAUCCGUAUACGGACUCCCAAAUACUACUUCAACCUGAGGCCUUGCCUUGGAUCAGAACUGUUUGCUGUCAACGAAACGAGAACUCCAGAUGGAAUAUGUGUGUCAGUAGGCUUCCACUUGUCAUUAAAUCUUUGCCUUCAAUUAAGAAAUGUGCCACCAGAUAUUCCAGUGCGGUUUAACAAAUUCUACUGCAUGCUCUAUUGUAAACCAUCUUUUCCGGGGUCAAGAGCAAGUGGAAUACACAAGGAGCAAGAUGUGGGCACCAAUCAAGCUUGGGAAACCGAUGACAUCGUAGAAAAUUAUGAUUUGCUGUUAAAGUAUGCAACCAAAAGCAGCACGAAAAAGAGUAAUAAGUGUGGAAGGAGUAGUGAUGAUGGGGAGUUUGUGAAUUCAUUCGUGCAUUUUGAACUAAAUGACAGAGGACAAGGGUUCUCAAGUUGCUUGCUUGAUGUUUCUGGUUUUCCGGUAGGUAAUUAUAGUACUAAAUGGUAUAGCUGUUGUAUUGAUAAGCAGGGAAAGUGUUGGACCCUCCCCUCCUUGAAUCCGGGACCUUUAUUUACUGUACGGAAUUUCUAGAUUGAGAAUUCAAUGUAUCAUUCCAAACAUGUAAAUAUCUUUUCUAAUG